CAUCGCUUCCUCUGUCUCUCUCUUUCUCUCCCUCUCUUAUAUGUACUUGACAACGUGAAGAGGAUUUCUUUUCAAGUCAGCAAAGAUCAAAAACUCGACCGAUUCAAAUUCUGAUAGCAUUUUUGAUUUUCGAGAAAGUCGCACAUUGCCAUUAAAGAAAGAGAACUCUCGGAGUCGUGCUUUUGAAAGGUUUUCAUUGAACUUCGAGCUUCUCUUUUUCCAGAUCUGCUUCUACAGAGCUUUUUUUUAGCUACUAGACUUUGAGAUCCGUUGCAAUCCGUGAGAAUCCAUUUCUGGAAAGUCUUAAUUGAUAUAUCAUCAGAAUUACUCUCAUCUGAGUAGGAAGAAUUCAACAGUGUGGUAAUGGUCAAAAAGGCGAAAUGGCUGAAGAACGUAAAGAAAGCUUUCAGCCCAGAUUUAAAGAAGUUGAAACACAAAUCGGUUGAGUAUCAAAACAGUGAAAUCUCUUACCCUGUAUUGGUAGCCACAUCGAGAUGUUCUCCUCCUCAGUUUGAAGUGAGAGUGGAUGAGGUCAACUAUGAACAAAAGAAGAAUCUGUUGCCUUCUCCUCCUUCAGAUUCAGUGACUGCUACACAAGAAGACGUUCUUGUGGAUUCACCUCCGUCAUCUCCUGAGUCUGUACGUCCAGCGACACCUGAUGAUAGGUUUGCAGGGAAGUCAAAGGAAGAAGCAGCUGCCAUCUUAAUCCAAUCUACUUUUAGGGGCUAUUUGGCAAGAAGGGAAUCUCGUGUGAUGAGGGCAUUGGCGAGACUCAAGUUAUUGAUGGAAGGAUCGGUUGUACAACGGCAAGCUGCAAAUACCCUUAAAUGUAUGCAGACACUAACUCGUGUACAGUCACAAAUCCGGUCAAGGAGAAUCAGAAUGUCCGAAGAGAACCAGGCUCGCCAUAAGCAACUCCUUCACAAGCAUGCCAAAGAGCUAGGAGCCUUAAAGAAUGGGGGUAAUUGGAACGACAGCAAUCAGUCGAAGGAACAAGUUGAAGCAGGUUUGUUGAAUAAGUACGAAGCGACGAUGAGAAGGGAAAGGGCAUUGGCUUAUGCAUUCACACAUCAGCAAAACAUGAAGAGCAACACGAGAUGUGCAAACACGAUGUUCAUGGAUCAUAGCAACCCGACUUGGGGUUGGAGCUGGUUGGAGAGGUGGAUGGCUGAUCGGCCAUGGGAGAGCUCAGAGAAAGAACAAACCAACAACAGCGAACACUCCUCGGUUAAGAACUCCACUAACCGUAAUUCCCAAGGAGGAGAAACCGUAAAAUCUUCGAACCGGAAAAAAAUCAGUAGCUCGACUAAACCCAGUACACCAUCAUCAUCCACCAUAAGAAACCCGAGAAAGAACAGACCAACUCCAUCGUCCGUAAAGCCAAAGAUCACCGAUGAAAACGCCAAGAGCCGUAGGCAGAGCAUUGCAAGGUCAUCGGUUAGUGAUGACGAGAGCCUGGCUAGCUCGACGGCUCGACGUAGCAACAUGGCUCCCACAAAAUCAGCACGAGGCAAGCUCAAGGCCUCAUCAGGCGCAACCACAGAGGAACAUGGUGUUAUAGCGGAGAAAGCACCAGCAAAGAAACGGCUCUCCUACUCGGCUUCUCCUGCACCCAAACCCAGACGAUCCUCAGCCCCGCCCAAGGUUGAAAACAGCCUUCUCAAGGCGGCGAGAACGCCAUGAACAGCAGAGGUACUUUUUUUGGUUUAUCAUUUAUAUAUUUUUUUUUGCGCCAAGGAUGGUGUUCUGAGAUUUGACUCAAACUACGUAUAUGCAAUGUUGGUUACAAGAAUGUGUCACGGUUAUUCACUUGUGCAGUGUAAUUUUUUUUAAUAUCUCGAUCGAUUUAGAUCUAGACUAUUAUUGAAUUUGUGCUUUGUACGGAUUACAAAAUGGAAUAAUUUAAAUGUUAGUUCUGUAA